CGCAUACUCGCGGCAAUGAAUGGAGAAAUGAACAAGUAGAACCCUUCUUUAUUCCUCAGUUGGCUUGAGAGACUUGUUUUCAGAACUCCUUGCUUCAAUACGAGGAAGAAAAAAAGAAGAAUCUCGCAGAACUUUGGAAUUCUGAGAUUGACAAAUAUACGAGAAGGGAAGCGACAACAGGCAAAUCAAAUCUUCUAAUUAGAAGGCAUGACGAAACUCACCGAGAUGGAACAUCCUAGCCACAAACAUUGGCUUAAAUUGAAGCGUUCCUCAGCACCUUAUAAGUGCAACGGCUGUGAUGAACUAGGGUUUGGUGCAAAGUACCGAUGUAACAAAAUGCUGUUUAAAUGUAACUUUCAUCUUCAUGAAGAGUGUGCUUUACCCGAUGGCGCCAAGAAACACCGCUUCUUCGAGAGCGAUUUCACAUUUCAUAAUUAUAAAUCUCCUGCAGACCCGGCCGCUUGCGUCAAGAAACAGUACCCCUUCUUCAAGAGAAUGAUCAACUGCAUAUUUUGUAAUUAUAAAUCUCCGGCUGAGCCUCACAGAUUUUGUGUUGCGUGUGGGAAGUACGUUGGAGGGUUCGGGUACCGGUCUUCUCGUAACGAAGAACGUGUCCUGCACCCUUGUUGCUUGAAUCUCCCACUUAGUAUACCUAUUAACUUGAACCUCCCAGAUCAUAAUGUUUGUACUGAGGCGAUUCUAAACCUUGCUGAAAAUACCCCAUCAGACUGCCAACUAUGCCGCAACGAGAGAAAGGGUUGGGCUUAUGUCUCCAUCUGUGGCAAUCACUGCUAUCAUGUGGCUUGUAUCCAGGAAUCUCGGCUGGAAAGUUGGAAGAAGAAUCGUUUCAACCAACAGAGUACCUCGAGUUUGGGGGUGUCAGAGAUCAUAAAAGUGGUUCUUGAGGUCAUCAUUCCUGUUGUUCUCGGUGCGACGGCGACGUAGCAGCUCCUUUGCUAGCUGGUCUAUUACAGAAUUAACUAGUCCCCGGAAAUAGAAAGACGCCCCCAGCAGCGAGUCCCAAUAUCAAAAGAUUCAAAACUGCUUGAGGCAACUCUCCUUUCCAUUUCCAUGUUGGGGGCAAGUCGUUGAUUUCAUAUUUCUCUUUUUUUUUUUCUUUUUUUUUAUUGUAUUAAUUAAUUUGAAAUGAUUAUAAGAAUCUCACAUCUUUUUGACU